ACCAGCCAAGUUGAUAAACUUUUCGAAAUAAAAUCCAAAACAGAAAAUAAACAGCGAACUUUUAAUGCAAUUUUGAUUGGGUUGUUUUUGAACGUUUCACUGUCAUUACGAACUUUCGUUUAUAUAAUGGUCUAUAAUGGAGCCCGUAAUUGUCGGACAGUCGGACCGAAGGCUAUAAAUGCCAGUGUGCCGGACGGAAGGACACCAAAAAAGCUGGGAGAACAACGACAAUGGACUACUUGCAGGAAGCGCCGCAGCUAAUCGAAACGGAUGUGGAAAUGGCGAGCAGACGGGAUGGGCAUGGGAAUAGGGUUGGGUAUGAGAUCAGGAUCUGGCAACUGAACACGCACGAUGCUGUGCGGUAUCAUUGGCGCGUCUGGCAGCUGACCGGCCUGAUCCAGCCGGCGGGCAUGUCCCGGCCGUUGUAUCUGGUGCGCGCGAUUCUGAUCAAUGCGCUGGUCACACUGCUAUUUCCGUUGACGCUGCUGGCCAAGCUGUUCUUCACGCACAGCCUGCAGGAGCUGUGCGAGAAUCUGACCAUCACCAUAACGGACAUUGCGGCCAAUUUCAAGUUCAUCAAUGUGUAUCUGGUGCGCCGCCAGCUGUUCGAGAUCCGGCAUCUGCUGCGCCGGCUGGACAGACGGGCGAUCGACGUGCAGCAUCCCGAGGAGCUGGAGGCCCUCCAGCUGGCCGUCAAUAUGGCGCGGAAGAGCUUUCGCAUAUUCGCCGGCAUCUUUGUGCUCGGCACCGCGCUUAGCUGUCUGCGUGUGACAAUCAGCCGGGAGCGUACUCUGCUGUAUCCCGCCUGGUUCGGCAUCGAUUGGCAGCACUCGGAUGCGGCAUAUUUUUGCGUCUGCGGCUAUCAGCUGCUCGGUUUGACUGUCCAGGCACUGCAGGACUGUGCCAACGACUCCUAUCCGCCGGCCUAUCUGUGCAUACUCACGGGCCAUAUGCGCGCCCUGGAGCUGCGCGUCCGCCGUAUUGGCUAUCCGGUGUGGAGUACGCGCUCGGACAGCUACAAUCAACAGCACUAUCGUCGUAUUGCCCACGUGGAGCUGUGCCGCUGCAUCGAUGACUACAUUAACAUUAUCAAACUGCACGCGAUCAUUCAGCAGAUCUUAUCGAUCGCCUGCCUGGCCCAGUUCCUCUGCUCCGCGGCCGUUCAGUGCACCGUGGGCAUGCACUUUCUAUACGUGACGGACUCGAAUGAUCUGUCCGCCAUGGCGUUGUCCAUGGUGUUCUUUAUCGCCGUCACCCUGGAGGUGUUCAUCAUCUGCUAUUUUGGGGAUCGCAUGCGCGGGCAAAGCGAGAAGCUCUGCGAAGCCUUCUAUGCCUGCAACUGGGUGGAGCAGACGCCGCAGUUUAAACGCACCCUGGUAAUCACCCUGAUGACCAGCCAGCAGACAUUCUGCAUCUAUGCCGGCGGCCACAUAGCCGUCACACUGAGGACAUUCCUUCAGGUCGUCAGGUCCACCUGGUCCGUCUUCACACUGCUGCUGAGAGCCAAGUAAGCGAUCAGGAGCUGGCCUGAGGAAGCAACUACCCAACUAAACUCUAAUAAUACCCAGAUCCCUGCAAAGUAAUGCCUUCAGCAGAUUGUAAACAAUUUUUCAAGUUAAAGGUAGACGGACCUUAGGUCCCCCAAAUCCCCCAAAAAACUAAAGAUCCCUACGAGCACAAUUUGGAUCAUUGCAAACAUAAGUAAACAAAUAUAUAUUGUCUAUAUAUUUCUAGAGAACUAUCGCUUAUCGUGUAGAGCUCCGAGAAUUAUCUCUAUACAUAGAGAUAAAGUUAUCUCUAGGAAAAUUAGGAGCCUGGCGUACCUCAAACUUUUAUAGCCCAAUUUAAAAUCAAAAAAUCGUAUGCUUUGACAUCUAGAAAUCCAUAAUCAGAGUUUGAGAUGGAUCUAUAGAUAUAGUACUUAUAUCCGAGAAACGAAAUAUUUCAGUAAGGCCAGGGUUUUGACAUAGGCAAAAAUAUGCGAGUCCCCACAUCCACAGAAAUUCUCAGAUAAAGAUAUACACAGUAUUGUAUUUAUAUAUAUCCCUUGUAAAAUGAAACACCAUCACAGAUCUAUUGCUCUUGACUAUAUGCUCGCAAAUUAGGAUGAUAUUUCCCAAUCGGAUUUUCCAGCUUUACCAGAGCCCAAGAUUUUAAACAUUAUCUUCUAUCCAUUUUCAUCGUUCGUAAGAUGUUAAAUAUAAAUGCAUAAAACUACAUUUAAAACUUCAACUUUCGCUGACAACAUGUUUCACGCGCGUAUUCCGCCAAAGAGGGUGGAUUUUGCGAAAAGUGUGAAACACGUCUGAAAUGAUUUUGCGAGCGAAAACACAAUCUUAGCCGGAACUUACAACACAUAUACUAACUACACUACAACUUUUAGCUAUUUAGCUCUGAUAGUUGAUCGAUCAGAACAGAUAUAUAGAACAUAUAUAUAAAUAUUAUAUAG